GCUAUUGUGCGUACGAUGUAUCGGUCCAUUUAUAGAGGUUGGGCUUAAUAACAUUAACCUCAAAUAUGAUUGUGCUGGAGUCUAGUGAAGGAGAAUCACCAGUUAUGGUUUCAUGAGAAUAUCAGAGCGAAGAUGAUUUUAAAAAUGGGAGGGAAACUGCCUCCGGGCGCGAAAGUCGCACCGGAGCCGCAACCUUUGAGUACAAAGAAGGAUGACAGGAAAGAAGAAAAGAAAGAUAAUAAGAAGAAAUGGGAAAGAUGCGAGGACAGAUGCCCUGGGGACCCGUGGGCGUAUUGUAUAGUGUUAUGGUGUGCGUGUGCUAUGAGCCUGAUAUCGAGCGGUUAUAGUUUGUACAAACAGCAAGGGCUGCAAGACCGGUUAUCUUUACUAGAAGAGCAGCAUUUAGCGCUAAGAAGUGCUGUAUUGGAACCUCAACAGCCGAUGUUGGAGAGACUCCGAAGGGAGGUUCUAGCGAGACCCCCUCCCAACUAUUGGAGACCAAGGAGAAGCAUCAGGGAUUAUGGAGAUUGCGUCUGUCCAGCAGUCGCCCCGUUAUCUGAGCAAGCACGCGAAGUCCUAAAACUAAUAGCGAGUCUAAACAAUCCGGGUGUUCAAUCAAAACUAUUUAAAGCCGACGUCAUGGAAGUGUGA